CUUCUACCUCACUCCCUAAUUUCACUUAGUUCUAUUUAUUUUGUUCCACACAAAUUUGUCUUUAGUCCAUUCUCCUUUUUGUUGAUGAGUUUGUGUGUUGGAGAGAGAAAGAGAGGAAGCAUAGUUAAGCUUGACAACAUUAGAAGAAGAAGACAAGAAGAUGGAAGGAGGAGUAGCACAAGUUGAUGCCUCAGCUUUCAAAGAAUGCCUGUCUCUGUCUUGGAAAAAUCCUUAUGUUCUGCGCCUUGCUUUUUCGGCUGGAAUUGGUGGCCUUCUCUUUGGCUAUGACACUGGAGUCAUAUCUGGGGCUCUUUUGUAUAUCAGAGAUGAUUUCAAAGCUGUGGAUAGGAAGACUUGGCUUCAGGAAGCUAUAGUAAGUAUGGCCCUUGCUGGAGCAAUCAUAGGGGCUGCAGUGGGUGGGUGGAUUAACGAUCGAUUUGGAAGGAAAAAGGCUAUUGUUCUUGCAGACACACUCUUCUUCAUUGGGUCUGCUGUCAUGGCUGCAGCUACCAAUCCAUCUAUUCUCAUUGUUGGUCGAGUUUUUGUUGGACUUGGUGUUGGAAUGGCCUCAAUGGCAUCCCCAUUAUACAUCUCAGAAGCUUCUCCAACCAGAGUUCGAGGAGCUUUAGUUAGUCUCAAUGGCUUUCUCAUUACUGGAGGACAAUUUCUUUCCUACCUCAUCAACUUGGCCUUCACAAAAGCACCAGGAACAUGGAGAUGGAUGCUAGGAGUAGCAGCAGUACCAGCUUUGAUACAAAUCAUAUUAAUGAGUAUGCUGCCAGAAUCACCGCGUUGGCUAUUCCGGAAGGGAAGAGAAGAAGAGGGUAAGGCAAUUUUAAGGAAUAUUUAUCCACCUCAUGAAGUUGAAGCAGAGAUUAAUACACUGAGGGAAUCAGUUGAAAUGGAAAUCAAGGAAGCAGAGGGCACAGAUAAAAUCAGCAUAGUGAAAAUGUUGAAAACAAAAACUGUGAGAAGAGGUUUGUAUGCAGGAAUGGGCCUUCAAAUUUUUCAGCAGUUUGUGGGAAUCAAUACUGUAAUGUACUACAGCCCUACCAUAGUUCAACUAGCUGGUUUUGCAUCCAACAGAACAGCACUUCUUCUGUCACUUGUCACAUCUGGACUCAAUGCAUUUGGUUCUAUUUUGAGCAUAUACUUCAUAGACAGAACAGGAAGGAAAAAGCUUGUGUUGUUCAGUUUGUUUGGUGUUGUGUUCUCCCUCGUUGUUUUAACCGUUGUGUUCCAUCAGAGUACAACUCACUCCCCAAUGGUUAGCCCAAUUGAAACCUCUUACUUCAGCAACACUUGCCCUGAUUACCAUACAUCUGUGAACCCCGGUGCAUGGGAUUGCAUGAAGUGUCUCAAGGCUUCUCCAGAGUGUGGCUUUUGUGCUUUCGGAGCCAAUAAGCUUCUACCUGGGGCAUGUUUGAUCUCCAACGACACCACAAAGGAUCAAUGCCAAAAUGAAGAUAGGCUAUGGUACACUAGGGGGUGUCCUAGUAAAUUUGGAUGGCUUGCAAUAGUAGGUCUUGCACUCUACAUUAUAUUCUUCUCACCUGGGAUGGGAACUGUGCCAUGGGUUGUCAACUCUGAGAUUUAUCCUUUAAGGUAUCGAGGAAUAUGUGGAGGAAUGGCAUCUACAUCGAAUUGGAUCUCAAACCUUAUUGUCGCUCAGUCUUUUCUAUCAUUGACACAAGCUAUUGGGACGUCAUGGACAUUCAUGAUAUUUAUAUUCAUCACCGUUGCAGCCAUUAUCUUUGUUAUUAUUUUCGUGCCAGAAACUAAGGGACUUCCUAUGGAAGAGGUGGAGAAGAUGUUGGAAAGAAAUUCUCUCAACUUCAAGUUUUGGCAGAGAAGCUCUCACAAUGGAGAAGAAGUACCAACACAGAAGACUGAGUCAAUUUAAGUUUAUUGUGUUGUACCAUUUUAAUGUUGGAGUGUAAUUAACUAAGUAUAUAUGUAACUGUAAGUCCAUGUUAGAUUGGAGUGUAAUUAACUAGUUUGUGUGAAUGUUACAAGUUAGUAUUUGUGAUUGUU